AUGAGGUUCCUACAAUUCUCCGGUGUCGCCGUGCUGGUCUCAUGCGCAGCGGCCCAGACCUUUCAGCGUCUUGGUGGCUGCCCGGAUCUAGGCUGUGUUUUCCCUCCUGAUCAAGCAGACUUCCUCCCCGGCCAGUUCUUUGACAUUCGUCUCGAGGUGCAUUCGCCCGUCAACGGCUCUGAAGCUCGCAAGGGCGAUCCCGACCCGGACUUCCAGUUCACUAUCAACAAGAAAGGCGAACACCCCGUGCCUGUGACCGAUUUCUUUGACGUCAAGGAGCCAAGUUUGGAAGCAUGGACCUUCACUUGGUACGAAGACCUCUUCGCGGAGGAUGCACACACACCAUCUCUCGUCAACGUUACGUCCAAAGCCUACCGGCGGGUGGCGCUCUCCGAGCCCGGCGAAUACGAGGCCACGUUGACCUACUAUGGCAACCAGACAACCGUAGCCAACUGGCUCGUGCGAGACCUGUCGAGCAAACGGCGCGCGAAGAACGUGAUCCUAUUCAUCGGAGAUGGGAUGACGACCAACAUGAUCACGGCGGCGCGUCUCCUAGCCCACCGCAGCAUCAACGGCAAGUACAUGACCACGCUGCAGAUGGACCAGUUCCCCGUCCUGGGCCACCAGAUGACCCAUUCGAUGGAUUCGUUCAUCACGGACUCGGCGAACUCCGCCACGGCGCUGUACUCAGGCCACAAGACGACGGUCAACGCCCUAAACGUCUACGUGGAUUCCUCAGCGGACCCCUUCGAUGACCCGAAAUUCGAAACCAUCUCGGAGAUCUUCCGUCGCCGCUAUCCCGACGGCGGCGUUGGUAUCGUCUCGACCGCCUUCCUGGCAGACGCCACCCCCGCGGGCCUAGCCGCGCACACCAGCGACCGCGGAGAGUACGACCAUGUGAUCGGCGCCUUUCUGGAAGGUCUGCACUCACACGCCUGGACAGACUGGAACGGCCCGGAUGUCCUUUUCGGCGCGGGGGCGGAGAACUUCCUGACGAGCAAGGACGCUCCCCGGGACUACUACGACCUGUUCGCGGAGAAAGGCUACAGCGUCAGCUGGAACAAGACGGCGCUGCAGUCGGCACCCAACGACCAACGGGCGCUGGGGGUCUUCCAGACGUCGAACCUGGCGACCUGGCUCGACCGGCACGUCUACCCGGACAAUCUCCGCAACCAACACAACCACCCGGACGGGUCCGAGCGCGACGCAGACGACCUCCCAGGGCUCAAGGACAUGACCCUCAAGGCGAUCGACGUGCUGCACGAACGACACGGCGAGCAGGGGUGGUUCAUGAUGUCCGAGGCCGCCAGCAUCGACAAGCAGAUGCACGCCCUAGACUACGACCGGUCCCUAGGCGAGGUCCUCGAGCUAGACGACACGGUGCGGGCCACCAUCGCGAAGCUCGAGGCUCUGGGCGAGCUAGACGACACGCUGAUCGUCGUGACAGCGGACCACGGGCACGGGUUCGACGUGACGGGGUCGGUCGACACGGCGUACCUGAACGCGCACGACGACGACCGCAGCAAGCGCCGGGCAGUGGGGUACUACGAGAACUCAGGUCUCUCGCAGUACGCCGCGCGCGGGCCGGGGCGCUGCGGUACUCGGAGGGGGAACACUUCCCGGCGCGCUGGGACCCGCGGGCCGCGCGAGCCGGCGGUGCCGGGUCCGGAGGGCGAGUCGUCGUACGUGGCCAACUAUAAGGACGCGGUGACGGGGUUCCUGAUCAACGGCACGCUGCCUGUGGAUGCGGCGGAGGGGGUGCACUCGCUGACGGAUGUGCCGGUGUUUGCGCGGGGCCCGUGUCAGGAACUGUUUGGUGGGGUGUAUAACUCGGUGGACGUGUUUUUCUACAUGGCGGAGUGUUUGGGGCUGGCGGGGGCUGAAUGA